AUGAGUGUGAAGUCGGGCCGAGGCCUGGCCGCCUCACGUCCCGACCUGGGAACGUUGGUGGAGGAGGACGUGGACGAUCUGCCCAAUCGUCACACCAUCGAGGCCGAAAUCGAACCCGAGCCCUGUGCUAGUUCGAGUAGUAGCCCAUUGGCUGGUCGACAACGAAGCUUCAGACAUGCUCAGAGUGAGGAAGGAAGAACGUCGUACGAAACGGUGGGGUCACGGUUCAGCAUGGAGAAUGUGGACAAAAUUACGGUAGGUUACUGUAGUUUUUGAAAUUAUUUUCUUCCUUCUUAUAUUAAGCAUAACGUGAACUCCAAAUUAGAACCAAAAUCAAAUUCAAUUUCACAUUAUUAUCGUUAUAAUUGGGUUUGUCUGCAACGUUCUCCCCUAACACAAUAUAAAUAUAUUAUUCAUGGGGCCGCGAAUGCUUGCAUACAAGUAUAUUUUCGGAGUUCUAAUUGAAAACGAUUGUGUUAGGGCGGGUUGUUUACCAAAUGCAUUGUAAAACAGUGUUUAUUACUUGUUUAGUUGUUAUUAGUAAAAUCGCCGAGUUCAGCGAAUAAAUGAUGUUUUUGGGCAGUAAAAGCUUGUUUUUACGACAAAACUAGCAUUCACGUUUUGGACAUAAAAAUUAAUUUUUAAUAAUUUUUAUUACCUGUCUUGUCUUUUGAACCCGUAUUUUACCUUUUUUGCCAAAAUUUCUAUUACUUUUAUUAGUCCCACCACGAAAACCAAGCGUGCCAAAAAGUUUUGGCCUCCCGUUUAUCAGUCAUUUUCGGAAAUUGUUUGACUUACGAAGUACAAAACAUGUGUUUACAGAUUGAUAUUUGAACAGACUUUGUUAUGAAUUUUGAAAUUGAGAUUAGUCAUAGCAUGAAGUUGUAUUUAUAUUCCUGUUUUCGGCCGCAAACGUGGUUUUAUGGCAUCGGAAGGGGAUUGAUUCUCGAAAUUUACGACUUUUCUCUUUUAAAUUUUGAAGUUUCUCUGUUUUGUGGGUUCAAAUAGAUCGUAACUUAUCGGAUUUUUGCUAAAACAUCUUCUUAAAUAUCUUUUCAAUAUAAUUAUGGCCGUUUUGCAGCAUCGAAUCCGGGCCUCGUCGCCCUCGAGCCAAAACUUGUCGACCAGCUCGCGUACCCGCUCCCCCACACGCAAGCAUCGCAAAUCGGCUUCAGUUUCGAUUGAAACCACCACACCCGAACUCCGCAUCCCCAACUUUGACUAUAUUAUGGCACAGGCCUCAGCCAAAGCCGACAUCACAUCUACAACGGGUCAGCGACGCUUCUCCAUCAUGAAUCUUCUGAAUAAUGUCACAGCGCCGAUGCGUCGGACCAAGACCGCCACAGAACCGAAUAAACGGAAGGAGAAGAAGAGCAAGGUGAAAGUUCAGAAGGAGAGGAGUAGUAAACGGUAAGAAUUUUUGUUAUUUUUUGUGUUUUUAGGAAGAAGAGGACAUCAGAUGGAGUAGGUAAUGGAAAGAGUCGAAAUUUGAUGGAAAAAGAAAAGGAUUGUUUAAGAUUGUUUUUCUAAAGUAAAAUAGAAAGUUUGUAACAUGUUUUGAUGAGUUUUCAAGUUUUAAAAAUAAAAGACAGCUUUUUGAGGACUAAUUUUCUAACUUUAUGUUGGUGUGUUGAUUAAUAUCGGAAAACCUGGUCAUAACUUAGGAAUUUUAAAAGAUGUUGUUUAGAUAUUAAAGGUAGUAACAAAAUCAGUGUUUUUCUGAUAAAAAGUAAAAAAAAAAGAGAAGCGACUUCAAAUUUCUUUGAAAAACAUUGUUUUUCGGCCCCAAAGACAGUAAAACAAUGUGUUUGUUUCAGUUCACAAGCUCCAUCCGUCUCGGACCAACUUCAAAUCAGCGGAUCGGCGGCGACUUCGUCAGCCGAGCCUUCGACACAGCCCCCCAGCGUUCCGUGCAGCUCGUUCGAUGUGUGUCAGGUGACCGACAACCUAUCCGACGUGUAUCGACCGGCCAAUUCGACAUUGAGUAAUGACAAAACGCUGUAUUAUUCGUCUCUAGAUGAUACGCUGAUGAGUGCUGGUGGCGAUGCGGAAAGGAUGGAGUGUCAAGUGUGUUUUGUACAACAAAGUGCACAAAACUUUCCGGUAUUGAGUAAUUGCGAUCAUCGACCUUGUCAUGGGUGCUUGAUUAAGGUGAGAUGGCGAUAAUUUUGUUUACAAAAGACUAAAUGGACAGAACUUUGUUUAUAGACUAUGAAAUGGAAAGAACUUUUUUUACAAACCCGAAAAUGGCAAUAACUUUCUCUACAAAGUCUAAUAUGGCAAUAACUUUCUACACAAUACAUAAAAUUGCAAAAACUUUUUCUCCAUCUUAUUUUUGCUUUUCAGUAUCUUCAAAUCGAGAUCAUGGAGAGUCGCAUCUCAUUGGCAUGCCCAGAAUGUGUAAUAGAACUCCACCCCAACGACAUCCAAACAGUACUAAAGAACGACGCUCAGUUACUCUCAAGGUACGAACGGUUCAUGAUUCGCAAAGUGCUGAUCACGGAAGGCGAUGUACGAUGGUGUCCAGCCCCGGACUGUGACUACGCCGUGAUUGCCAGCGGAUGCGCGGCUUGUCCUCAAUUGGAAUGUCAACGUCCCGGCUGUGGAACAUUGUUCUGUUAUCACUGCAAAGGCGAAUGGCACGCGAAUCAGACUUGUGAUGAAGCUAGAGGACAGUCAGUUGAGAGGAUUUUCAACGCGGCUACAGCGGCUAACACUAGCGCGGCGGGUGAUACUACUGGAGAGUUUUUUAAACGUGAGUUUUUGAAAAUUUUGGCUGUUUUUUUGCAGCUUUUGGUCGUGUUUUGAUUGAAAAUGAAGUUUUUAUGAGGUUAAAUGGCAAUAACUUUCUUUAUAAAACGUAAAACGACGAAAACUUUCUUUACGCAGCGGAAGAUGACGAGAGCUUUCUUUAAAAAAAAUAAAAUGCCAAGAACUUUCUUUACAAACCAUAAAAUGCUAAAAUAUACAUUAGAUAUGUAAUAAUCUGUCAAAAACUUUAUUUACACUCAGUGUUCUUCGAACUUUUCAUAAUCAAGCGCAUCUUCGCUUAACUUGCCAGAUCGGACGGGAUCGCGCUUUUACACUGUGCAAUAGAGGCAAAUGGCCUGCACGGUGCAGAAAUUAACCUUUUGGCAAUAACUUUGUUUACUAUGAUAGAAAAUGGCAUUUUUGAAGAUUUUUGUGACUUUGAAGGAACUUUGUUUACAAGUUUUUAAAAUUUUUGAAUUGGUUUUUAAAUUGCACUGUGCAAAAUUAAAAAGGUUCUGCACGGUGCAAAAAUGAAGUUCUUGGUAAUAACUUUGAUUAAAAAAGUGAAAUUUAUGAAAUUUUGAUAAAAUUUAAAUGUAUGAGUAUUUUCAGCCGGUGACCUCAAAGCCUGCCCAAGAUGUGGCACAUUGAUCGUGAAAAUGAACGACGGAAGCUGUAAUCACAUGGUCUGCCCAAUGUGUCAAGCCGAUUUCUGUUGGUUGUGCUUAAAGGAGAUUAGUGAUCUACACUAUUUGAGGUAGGAAAACGAGUUUUAAUACCUAAAUUUCAAAAAAAUUAAAUUUUAAAAUUUUGAAAAAAAAUUUUUUUUUAAAAAGCUUAGAAAAUGACAUUUUAUAUUAUACUGGAUAUCCGAAAUGACAUUUUUAGUUAUAUAAAGCCUUAAUUUGGCCGUUUUAGUCCAACCGGUUGCACAUUUUGGGGCAAGAAGCCGUGGACCAGGAAGAAGAAGCUCCUCUGGCAAAUUGGUACCCUAAUCGGAGCACCAGUUGGCAUAGCCCUGAUUGCUGGUCUAGCAGUACCAGGAAUUAUCUGUGGAGUACCAGUGUUCGUUGGCCGAAAAGCAUAUCAAAGAUUCAAGCUGAAAUCGAAGGGAAAACGACGAUUGGUCACGGCCGCGAGUGUUGCAGGUAAGGAUUUUUGAUGGUUUUUGGGUAAUAAAAUGGGAUUUUUGAUUAAAGAAGGGAUACAAGAGUUAAAAGAUGACUUGAGUUUUGGUUUAUGAGAAAGAAAACGGCAAAAACUUUGAUUAAAAAGUCAGAAAAUGGCAUCUUUCGAAGGAAAAGAGAUGUGCAGCCUGCGGGUGACAAGUUAUUCGGUGAUUUUACUUGUUUUGCGUAAAAUGGUAAAUAAUGGCAAGGAAUUUGCUUCUAUUGAUCUAAAAUGUCAUUUUGGGAUAAAACGCGCGAACUUUCUUUAAAAAAUUUAAAAUGGCAAGAACUUUCUUUACAAUAGAAAAAAUGGCCAAAGUCUUUAGCUAACCAAUACCCUUUUAGGUUCCUUGAUAGUAAGCCCAGUGCUAGCAGUAAUGGCAGUUGGAGUGGGUGUGCCAAUCAUGUUGGCUUACGUUUACGGUGUCGUACCCCUCUCACUGUGCCGCAACGGUGGCUGUGCCUCGGUCCAAACCUCCGAUGACGAUGACAAAUCACCACGCCUUCUGGAACUGGCCGAAGACGCCGAAUUGGGUCGCAACUUCUUGACCAGCCUCCGGGCAAACUCGAACAACGAGAAGAGUCGCUUAAUCGGGAAGAAGUCUCGUGAUGACAAAAUCGAUGCAACCAGCGUUGUCACCAUCAACUCAGGCUUCUCCAGCAUCGUCGGCUCCUACGGCCCAUACGGACCAUUCCUCGCUCAACAAAACCCAUCCACCCCACACCCAACGAAGUACGGCGCCACCAGCCUACCCACCGACUCAAUGUCACAGCAAUCAGCUAGCCUCUCGGCUGGUCCAAGUCUAGCAGUGAAUGAACAGCGCAAAAGGAAGGUCUCGGUGGAGAGUUGUGUUAAUAGUAUGGGAGAGAAGUGCAACUUUGAAUGCGCGUCAACCAAGGCUCAUGCUGGAUCACAUUAUCAUUUUGAUAAUAAGGUGGGUAAUUGCUUUCAUUUUUUGGCUUUAAACUGAAUUUUUGAGAGAAACAAUGACAUUUUUUUGAAUUUCUAGGUUAAUAUUGAAGACUUUGUUUUUAAAAUGGAUUUUUAGGCUUAAAUAUGAUUUCUUAGGCUUAAAAAUAAUGUUUAAGCAUAAAGUGAAUGUUUAGGCUUAAAAUGAAUUUUAGGCUCAGAAAUCACGUUUUAGGCUUAAAAUGAUUUUCUAGGCUUAGAAAUGACUUUUAAGGUUUAAAAUGAACUUUUAGGCUUAGAAAUGACUUUUCAGGCUUAUGAUUACCGUGUAGUCUAAAGAUGAAUUGUUUGGCUUGAAAAUGGAUUUGUAGGCUUAGAAAUGAAGUUUUAGGCUUAAAAUGGAUUGUUAGGCUUAGAAAUGACGUUUUAGGUUAAAAAUGAUUUUCUAGGCUUAGAAAUGACUUUUUAGGCUUAAAAUGGAUUGUUAGGCUUAGGAAUGACGUUUUAGGUUGUAAAUGAUUUUCUAGGCUUAGAAAUUACUUUUUAGGCUUAAAAUGGAUUGUUAGGCUUAGAAAUGAAGUUUUAGGUUUAAAAUGAAUUUUUAGGCUUAAAAUGAUUUUAUAGGCUUAGCAAUGAGUUUUUAGGUUUAAAAUGAAUUUUUAUGCUAAAUCUUGAUUUUUAGGCAUAAAGUUAAGUUGUAAGCUUAAAAAUGCUUGUUUAGGCCUAAAUUUUGUUUUUUGCGAUUAAUAUUGAGUUUGUUAGACUAAAUUUCAUUUUCAAGCUUGUGUAUUACUUUUAAGUUUAAAAUGAAACCCAGGUUAAAAAAUAAUUCUUUUAAUUUUUAAAAAUGCGUUUUUAUGAUAAUCGUUUUAGAAUUUCAGAGUGUUAACACCGUAUGUUCAGGCGCCGGUCCCGAAGUCCAAUCGUAUAACGAGGAAUCGGCUUCCGUCUUGGCCAUGAGUGGCUCCAUCGGUGGCCUCGAAGAGUCGGGCAGUAUUAAGAACCGACAGAAGCUUCAGACCAAACUGGAGCACGAUUUGAGCACAUCUGAUGCGGUGUAA